UAAUCCUUUCCUGGCGAUAAGCUCAUAGCCAAUCGCAGAUUACAUCCCAUUGCCCCACCUUAUACCACCCCACUAUCCGCAUCUACCUCCAACGUUUCGGGGUCGUCUUGCUCAUGACCUGCAGCGCACACUACUAGAUGGCAGUGGAUAAGAUCUGAAAGCUUAGCAAAGCUCCAGCCAAAUCAGCCAUGUGUUUGACGCACGCCAAGCGCCAUAUGCAAAGCAGGGGAGCUCCAGUCGACAGGCUGUAUCUUGAGAAGCUGAUGAUGCCGAUGUCGUAAGUGUUGGAGAUUAGGCGAUGGUAGAUAAGGUUGUAGUACAUAAGGCCGGUCGUGCCCUUGCGCCUUCCAUUCACAGCGGCCUCUACAACACCUCCAGAGAACCCAAACAACCAACACUAUACCAACCACCACCAUGCCAGCAAUGCAAUACUUCGAAAAAGCGCAAACAGCCUUCAAGCCCCCUCUGAUUGCCAACGAGAACGCCUACCUCGGUGACGUCGUAUCAUCCGAGUCCACAGACCCAGACAAGCCCAUCAGCGGUGGUUUUUACCGCCUUGAAAAAGGAACACCACUCGUGUACACGUAUACGUACGAUGAGAUAAAGAUCAUAGUAGACGGCCACUUCUACAUCAGCGAUGAGACGGGCAAGGAAGUGAAGGCUGAGAAGGGGGAUGUGUUUUUCUUUCCCAAGGGGAGUAAGAUUACGUUUAAGACGGAUGACUUUGGGUUGGGGUUCUUUGUUGGGCAGAGGAAAAAGGAUGGUGCGUAGGUAGGUGGGGAAUGGAGAAUGGAGUAAGAGACGUUUCGGAAUGAAGAAUGUACCUCACAAACACUGAUUGAUGCAGUUUCUUGCCUUACUUACCAAAUCUCUGAUCAUUCCAUUUUCUCGCAUUCGAGGAUAUCCUUGUGUAGCCGGUGGUAUGUGUUGCGACGACUCGCGCUGCUCGCCUUGCUUACCAAUGUCGGCGUAUUGCAUCCAAUCAAGAAGUUCACAUCGCAACGUAUCAGCC